AUUAUCACACAGAAAGGCACCAAACCACCCAUUGUUGUGGUCGGUAAUAAAAUCGACAUGGACGAGAGUGAACGACAAGUCGAAUAUGAAGUCACCGAAAUGGUGGUGUGCGAAGAUUGGCACUGCGGCUAUAUCGAAUGUUCGGCCAAGGAAAAUACUGGAAUUGUACAAAUAUUUAAGGAGCUCUUGGUACAGGCCAACAUUCGCUAUAAUCUAAGUCCGGCGGUGCGAAGAAGACGUCAAUCGUUGCCAUCGUUUACAUCGGCCAAAGGCAGCAAAAGUCCAUCACAUCGUGGCGCCUUUAAGCGGCAUUCAUGCACCAUGACCUAAGG